GCAUGGCUGGACAACAUGCUGUCCACUCACAAGAUCACAGUCUCCGAGCUGCACACGAAGAUCAGCUGGCAGGAUCUCAAGGCAGCAUGGCACAAUCGAUUCCAAGUGGAGCCGCCCGAGCUUCAGGUGAAUGGAGAAACUCCAAAAGUUCUAUCAGAACACCUUGCCAAGCUUGAACUGGAUCAACGAGUACCAACGCUUGGCAUCCACGCCCGACUGGAUCACCGAGUACCAACGCUUGGCAUCCACGCUCGACUGGAUCACAGAGUACCAACGCUUCAUCUCGAGGUCGUGCCUGGCGUUGCAGAAUGCAUUGACGCAAGUUGCGGAGACUCUCACCACAAUUGAGGAACUCAUCAACAAGGCUUCACAAAUAAUUGUGACGAACACGGAGGCCUGCAAUGCUGGUCGUUCGUCUUAUGCAGGCCGGGACAGAGAUCAGCAUCGGCCGAAAGUGGUCGUGGUUGCAGCGACAACCCCAACCAAUUCUUCAAACGAGGCUGCUCCAUCAAAUGAGGGAGAAAGAUUAGCAGCCGCCGGGGAUGGUGGCCGCCCCGCCAAAGCGGGAGGAGGAGCGGGAGGAGCGGGAGGAAGGGUGAGAAAAGGAGCGGGAAAAGGAGGAGUGGGAGGAGGAGUGGGAGUAGGGGCGGGAGAAGGAGCGGGAGGGGAAACGAGAAGGGGCGGAGGAGCAGAGGGAGGAGGAGCGGGAGAAGGAGGAGCGGGAGGGGAAACGGGGAGGGGGUUAGGAGCGAGAGAAGGAGCACGUGAGGAAACGGGAAGGGGCGGAGGAGGCGGGAGGAGGGGUAAAAAGACCGGGAGGAGGAGCGGGAGGGGGUUUACCAACACGCAUGAGGCGCAUGAGCGGGAGGAGAUAUAUGUGGAGGAGGAAAAUCGGGAGGAGCGCGAGGAGGAGCGGGAGAAGGAGCGGGAGGAGGAACCGGGGAAAGAGAGCGGGAGGGGGAGGAGGAGGAGGAGGAGGACUGGGAGGAGCGGGAGGAGCGGGAGGAGUGGGAGAAGGAGCGGGGAAGGAGCUAUGGCCGAGGAAGAGGAGCGGAGGAAGGAGGGGGAGGAGCAACAAGAGGGGGAGCGGGAGAAGCAGCGGGAGAAGCAGCGGGAGAAGGAGCGGGAGCAGUGGGAGGAGCAGGAGAAGCAGCGGAAGGAGCAGGAGAAGCAGCGUGAGGAGCAGGAGAAGCAGCGGGAGAAGGAGUGGGAGAAGCAGCGGGAGGAGCAGGAGCAGUGGGAGGAGCAGCAAGAGGGGGAGCGGGCGGAGAGGGAGGAAGGAGAGGGAGGAGCAGCAAGAGGGGGAGCGGGAGGAGAGGGAGGAAGGAGAGGGAGGAAGAGCGGGAGAAGGAGCGGGAGCGGGGCUAUGGCGGGAUCUUUGUCACAUUGUUUGGAGGAGGAGGAGAGGCAGGAGGAGUGGGAGGAUUGUGAGAAGGGACGGGAGGAGGAGUGGGAGAAGGAGCGGGAGCAUUGCAAGGGGAAACGGAAAGGGGUGGAGGAGGUGUGGGUGGAGGAGCGGGAGGAGGAGUGGGAGGAGCGGCAGGGAAAACGCGACCAACUUCAAGGAUCGGAAGAGGAAAGAGACGUGUUCAUAGCCAGGCUAGCAACUAUUGCUGAUAAAGCAGAAAGGGAUUUAUUGCUGGAGGAAAAGAGAAAUGUAUUGCAUGCCAAACUGUUAGCAGCAAAGAGACAAGAAUUAGAGGAGAAAAAGAGGUUGCAGGCAGAGGGUGAAAAGUUGCAAAAGGAGUUAGAAGCGCAGAAAGGAAAGGAAACUGCGGCAGACGAACAACUUACCCUUCUCAGAGAAUCUCUCCUCCUGACAAGAAAGGAGAUGGCAGCAAUGAAUCGGACACCGCAGAAGGUGGAAACUCAUCAAGUAGAGUUUGAAAGUGUUUGGAAUACAUUUCUGCACAAGUCAGCGCAAGAUGUGGAUAAGCAUAUCCAGUCUUAUAUCGUAAAACUAGAUGAGCACAUUACUAAUACCUUCACACCGGAAGUAAUUGAAAAGAUAGUGAAAAGAGCCGGGGGUGGAGGAGGGGACGACGACGAUGAUGGAGACGACGGCGAUAAGAAGAAGAAAGGGGUGCAACAUGAAGAAGGUGAUGCGGGGAAGAUAAAUAAGAUAAAGCUUAAACUGCCAUGGACUUAUAAUGGUAAGAAAGAAAAAAGUGUUUUUCACUGGAUUGCGGCAAUUGAAUCCUAUUGUUAUGGACGACGAGUUCCAUUUUGGGAUAGAGUGCUUAUGGCCAGUUCAUGCAUGGCGGGAGACGCAAUGAGUUUUGCGAUUUCUUUGCAAAAGGAAGCGGGAUGUGAGUCAUUAGUAGAAUAUUCUCAGAAAACUCGCCUUGAAGACUUCCUCAAAGCCGUCAGAGAACGGUUCGAGGACAAGAACUUGGCCCGUCGAACCGAAAUGUUAGUGUUAAAUCUACCUGAAAGGAAGUGGAAAAGCACUUCAGCACUCAAGUCCACUAUGGAUGAACUGCUGCAGCAAAGCACUGAGCAUGGCUUAACCCCCGCACAAAUUCUGAAUAGCUUUGCACGUGCACUCCCCGAUCAUAUUCGCUCCCAACUAUAUCCCCGGACAAAGGAAGAAGGAAUGACCUACGAGAAGUUCAGCAAGAUCGCAUUGGAUCAUGCUGGCUUCUUGACCGAGGCUAACUACUGCCACUAUUGGAAAGAUUUGCAAGCAGGACGAAAGUGGCAAAAACGUACUAUCGCAGGGUCCAUACCUGGGAAGGACAGCCUCCUCCUGACCUUUGAGGGAGGAGGCGCGGAAAACAUCCCUUGGGACCAAGUGGAUUACGGUCUUGAGGAAUUCAACGAACCGGUAGCUCAGGAGGGGAGCUACGCGGCCGUUGCAGCCCGCGGGGGAGGGCGACAAGGUAGAGGGGGCGGCCGAGGAAGAGGAGGUCGUGGCAGUGGUGGAAGAGGCCCAGGCACCCAGAGGGGUCAGCGAAGGUCUGACUUUUUCGGUGCCAUUGUAACAUAUUUAGAUGUUGGUGCCGAUAUCCAAGAAAGGAUUAGGAAUGCGUAUCCCUCUGAUCCUGUCUAUGGCGCAAUCAUUAAGCGUGUGCAAGAAGCGCCAACAGAGUUUCCUAAUCACAAGAUUACUCAGGGCCUAUUGUUUGAAAGGACUGAUGUACAUGAUAGGCUAUGCAUACCGAAUGUGGAAGAAGAGAUCAAGAGUGUGAUCUUAGGGGAAUGCCAUGAUACCAAAGGCCAUUUCGGGUGGAAGAAGACCUAUGGGAAUCUCUUACGUUCCUACACCUGGCCUCGUAUGAAGCCUGAUUGCAUUGCUUAUGUGCAAGGUUGCCAAUUGUGCCAACGAAACAAGAGCACUACGCAAUCUCCCCUUGGUUUGCUUAAGCCUUUGCCUAUUCUGACAGGACCCGGAGACUCUGUGUCUAUAGACUUCAUGGACACUAAGCAGCAAGAGGUGGUGAAUGCCGCAACGCUCAGAAAAUGGCACUUUACACCGUUGGAAAGCAACAACAACCCGACAGAAGCCAACAACACCAAGGAGGAGAUCUCCAUGAUGAUUGGACAGCUCAUUGCAACGUGCAAUUGGCAGCAACAGCAGCUGCGCUUGGCGCAGGUGAUUGACAACGACCAGGACCAGCAAGAUGGCACCAAGCACGGCUUUCAUACCCGCAUCGAGGACUUGGAGAACAGGGGCGUCGUCACACUUGUCAAAGGACCUAGUACAAGCCAGCCAUCGACACGACAACUGGGGCAGCGGAUCGACCAUGUCAUAGCCACGAUCGGGGACCUUGGCACGGUCGCGAGACCAGCUACAAUCGGCCAGCAGCUGACUGCGCUGAAGUGCGACGUAGGCACACUGCAGCAGCAACCAGCCAGCAGCAGCACCCUGCAUCCGUACAAGAUGCUGACCUUCCGCAUCGAAAAGUUCAACGACUACACCAAGACAAACCUGUUUGCGUGGUGGCAAGAUGUCGCAAGUUUGCGUACCUCGUACGAUGACUACUCUGUCCAGCUGGUCCCUCUGUUGGACCUGUCUCUCCACGUGCAAGACUCGUGCGCAUCUACAGUUUCAACACGGUCGGCAAGCGGUCUGACCCCUUCGCCGUCGUUAUCAUUCAGGGAUUCAUCGGUUUGGUCGAGACUUGAGGACCUCGACCUGUUGACUACGGAAGACUUCCAAUGGUUGCCUCUUCUCCCGCACGGUUCCUUGCCGAAAACGAAUUGCAAUGCUGCAGUAUCAGCUCCGUUGACGAAAAACGGAGUAGCGGUUGUUGACCUUCGUGAGUACCUUGAGAAGAUUGACCAUGAGUACUCCACGCAACGGUACAACGACAUUGGCACACCGUUACUUUACAUCUGGAUUGAGAUUGGGAAGGCAACCUGCAUUGCCUUGAUCGAUUGUGGAGAUACUCGCAACUACAUCAGCCAAGACUACAUGGCGUGCGCUGGCCUCCGGCCGUGCGUUCGAAGGAAGUUGCAGCCCACACAAGUCACAUUGGCCGACGGUCACAUGCACAAGUCCAUUGACCGGUACAUUGACGAGGUGCCCGUGUACUUUGCCCCGCACGCAUGCGAGGCCGUGUCCUUCGACAUCUUGGACACCAAGUUCGACAUGAUCUUGGGCAUGCCGUGGCCGCAAAGUGAGGACCACCUGACGAACUUCUAUCAUCGCACCGUUCACGUGCGCGAUCGGAACGACAUGGCACCAGAAGUGAACCAGUUCCUUCCAAGAGGUUGGGGGACACUAAACACCCCACCUAGGCAAGAAGAAGCUGUUGAGAUGGACUGUAUGCGUGAACAGAUGGCUGGCUUCAUUGAGCACGGCCUUUUCGAUUCUGCACAGAUGCUUGGGAACUUUUUGAUCGGUGCUUCAUCUGCGAACAAUGAACUUUUGCCGUCUGCUCGUGCGGAAAUACUCGUGUACUAUGGUGAUGCACUGUUUGGGAAAAAGGAAUACCGCCGUGCCUUGAAUGUCUAUCGUCAGGCCUUGCAACUGUGCAGAGUCUCACCAAGAAGUAGUUACUUUGCGAGAGGAGCAGGUGGUGGCACCAAGUUGGCCGGUUCUGGGGGCGGAGGGGCAAGCACACCAGGGCAGGGAUAUGCAGCACCAUCUGGCAUACCAGAAGGAGAGGUUAAAUUUAAGAUGGGGCUUUGUCAUUUGGCGGUCAAGGAGACGAGAUCAGCGUUGGCAGAGCUGGAAACGAUCCCAUCAAGAUCACGUACAUUGCGAAUCAACCUGACACUGGCGAAGCUGUACCAUCAAACGGGGUAUGACCGAGCGGCAGUGGCUUCUUACAGGGAAUGUUUAAGGCAAUGCCCGUAUGUGUUGGAGGCGAUUGUUGCAUUAGCACAACUGGGUUGCAGUGCAAAAGAGAUUCAACUGCUUUUGCCGCAGCCCCAGACGAAGAAUGGAAGGGCCUCCAACGAUCAGUUUGACCCUUCACGCUGGCUCCAGCGUUUCGCAGAGGCACACUGUGCCGCCGCUUCCCACGAUUCCAAAGGUGCAAUCGAGCAUUUUACUGCAUUGGCAAUGCGCUUCCCUGGAAACCUGCAUAUUCUGCUUGAAACUGCUAAGGCAGAGACAGCAGCAGGUAGGCUUGAUGAUGCUAUCAACACGUACCAAAAGGCGAGGGCAGUUGAUCAAUACAACAUGGAUUGCAUGGACGAAUAUGCUAUCGUUAUGCGACAGAAAGGGAACCUCAUGGAGGUCAAUCGUUUAACACACGAACUGCUGAACAUCGAUGCCAGGAGGCCUGAAGCAUGGGUUGCGUCAGCUGUCUAUUGGGAAUCAAAAGACGACAAAGUCAGAGCGCUAUCCUAUGUGGACAAAAGUGUACGCGUGGACGAUCGGCAUGUCCCAUCCUUCAUCAUAAAGGGGAACCUGUCGCUGGCAUUGAACCGAUCAGACUCUGCGGUUACCGCAUUUCGUAAGGCGCAGGCACUGAAGCCAGACUUGAGGGCGUAUCAAGGGUUAGUCAGGGCAUACUUGUCCAUCCCGAAGCACAAGGAAGCCCUAUGUACGGCAAGGGAGGCUAUGAAAGCCAUGCCGCAAUCGGCGUGGGCAAUGGCGCUAGUGGGGGAUGUGUACGCUCAUCAUAGUGAUAGCAGGGACAAGGCACGCAAGUUCUAUGAGAGUGCUCUGAGGCUGGAUGCCUCAUGCAUGGACGCAGUUCUUUCGCUGGCAGAACUGAACCAUAUGGAAAGCCGGAAUGAGGAGGCGGCUGCCAUCCUUCAGAGGUAUUUGCGAAGCACAGCUACUGAUGCCCUCCACGCAAAACUAGCUCAGGUGUUGGCCUCCACAAACAAGUUUGGGGAGUCCUUAGCUCACUAUCAGGCAGCGCUCAGCAUGAAUGCUCAGAAUGAGGCAGCACGGAGGGGACUGGAACGCCUGGAGAAAUUGAUGAAAGGUAUUGACCCAGACGCCACAGAAGAGGAUGAAGACAGGGAGGCAGAAGAUGCAGAUGUCGAUCCUGAUGAAGGGCAAUUUUCAUAGUGGUGGUCUGUCAGAGCUGAGCCAAGGAAGUUAUUGGAGAGCGGCCAACAGGACGGGAGGCCGGUCAGAUGUAUUCAUAGAGUCAUGGGAUGUGAGGCACUGCGUUCAAGGUCUGUGCAAAUUGGUGAGUAUAGAAACAUGCUUCGAAGGAAGAGAACGUGGGAACAUGCUCUGAGAGGUGGGAAUUACACUGGCUGCUAUUGAUCGUUGCUGUCAUGCUCACUGUACCAUCACCAUUUUUUCACACUCGGCUGGAGGAUAUACUACCUGCCCGUUAUGGCCGAGCGCGAGUUGUACUUCGUGGUGGGUAAAGGUCCUCAUCAAGUGUGGAGGCUACCCUCUGGGCAUCAUCAAAGGUCAUCAUCAUAGUGUGGAGAGUCUGGAGACCACCUUCUGGGCAUCAUGAAAAGUCAUCAUCAUAGUGUGGAGACCACCUUCUGGGCAUCAUGAACGGUCAUAUUUUGGUCCCAUCUUCUCCCUCAGUAUCUGUUUUUGUUUUCCCUGCAUCACUGCAAAGAUUCAGAUCCUCAAGAUUGUGAAAUUUGGCACUGCCAGGAGUGUGACAAGUAGAGAAACUUAUACGGAGGCCUAGUGAGAUGUAUGAGAUUGCACUUCUGGCCAGUUUCUGUUAGGAGAAGUUCAUGUCUGAGUGGUGUCGAAGUACUGGCUGCCUGAGGAGUAAAUCAGGAUGGGAUGUAUGCGACUGCACUUCUGGCCAAUUUCAGUUAGAAGUUCAUGUCUGUGUGGGGUCAAAGUAGUGGCUGCCCACUGAGUAAAUCAGGAUGGGCAGUGCUGAUGGCUUGCACAGAUGGGUGUGGUGGAAGUCGAUGUGAGGAAUUACACCUGAGACUUGUCAAAAUGGUCAGCACGGAAAACAUGCUUUGAAAGGAGAAGAGGGAAUUGUGAUUGAUGGUAAUAAUGAUGAUUGCUGCUAGUCAUCCUUACUGGGCUGUCACCUUUGUUGCAGCCAGCUACCAACGUCUGCCCACCAUAACUGAUCGCUAGUGGCACUUGAAGCUGCAGCACGUCCUUUGGGCUCCAUCAAAGUUAAUGUCUCCUUAUGUUUCCGCUUGUUUGAUGUGAAAUGGUGUUCACGCAGCUGGAUGCAUGUGGGAGAUUAUCCCAAAAGGCGAACUUGGGCAGUGCGAGUGGUGUGGCAAGUGGGGAUACUCAUAUUGAGACGUUCUGGGAUGUAUUCGAAUUCAAGUAUGACCGUAUUACAUUUGUAAAUGCCCUGUCUAACCAGAUCUGUAGUAGUGCUGGCUGCUGAGGAAAAACAGAGGUCAAUUAUACACUGAACAUGUCUCGAGAGUGUACAGCAUGCAACUGCCUAGUAGGAUGUCUAGGUGAAUGUUGAUCCGAAGUGGGCCUCGACGCUUGGAACUACUGGUAAAGGACUGCAUGGUGAGCCUCAGAGCUUGAAACUGCUGGAAAAGGACUGGUUCGCUGAGUGUCACAGGCAGAAGAGCGAAAACAGUCCAGCACUUGUCCGGCAACAUAGGCCUGUCGCAGCCAGAAGGGUCUGUGUUCUUCAGCCAUUCAUCGGUAUACUCGUUAAGGAGAAAAUAAUUGCACCGGCUUGUAUGCCCAGGAGCUCCUGCUGCAGGUAGACACAUCGAUCCUAUACCGAGAUGUGUGUUCCUCCUCAAUUCUAUUGCGGCAGGCAGGGAGUUGUCUAGGUUGAGCAAAGUAUUUAGCAGGAGUGUUAUGGCGUGCUCGUCCCCAGUUUUGGCAUGUGGCUGACCUUCAGGUUCAGUGAGGGGAACGACUAUGAGGCCAGGUGGGCUAGGUCAGAGAAAGGCAGGCAAGGAGUUGUAAAACUGAAGGCCCGAGGUGACUGUGAAUAUUCUGAUAGGGAAUGACCUGGAGCAGCACAGCAAGUGCCGAGUGAUACCUAGGGUUUUGAACUAUUCUUUAAAGAUUUCCUGGAAAUCU